CGUGACAUCAGCGACAAGCGAGGUGCCAUAAGAGGCAGCGCGGUGGGCGGCGCUUCAGACGGCUCCGGCGGUGGGAGCAGCGGCUUGACGUUUGUAGGCAAAGCGGUUAGCGGUUGCGGUGGGAGCCGUAGCGGUGCUACGCGGCCUGAUCGUCUCGCCAUGACCCGUGGGAACCAGCGUGAACUUGCUCGACAAAAGAACCUGAAGAAAACUCAGGAGAUCCACAAAGGCAAAAGGAAAGAAGAUAGCUUGUCUGCUUCUCAGAGGAAACAGAGGGACUCUGAAAUCAUGCAGCAAAAGCAAAAAGCAGCUAAUGAAAGGAAGUCUUUGCAGGCAGGAGCAAAAUGAGCUGCCACUAUGGAGAAGAUAGAGUGCACCGAUGAAGCAGAAGGACUUAGAAGAUCACUCAUAAAAGUGUCCAGCCAUUAAAUGAUUAAACGUUUGUUGUGCAGAGUUGUUCAACUAUCAUUAGAGUGUUUUCUGGUUACCAUAUGCCUAGUUGUCUACAGUGCUCUUUCAAAACUGACUACACUCUUCUGCAUGUCUAUAAAUAAAAGUACCGAGCAAUAGCUUUAUUCUAGCUUUUGCUGCAUUUGUUAGUUUUACUUAAUGGUUCCAGUAACAGAAUUUCUGAAUCUUCAGUUAGACCAGAUUUGGUUGCCUGAAUUUUUGAAAGUACGCUUCAUUCAGAAUGGAACACACUUGUAAAAUGUGCUUAACCUUGCAGAGGUCUGAACUGUAAAACUCAAAAUAUUUUUACAAUAAAAUGUUGCAUGGAA